UUGAUAUAGAUUAAAUCUAUAUAAAGGGUUUCUAAUAGUGUUAUUUAUUUUCAUUUUAGUUUGGAUGUUAUUUGAUUCACAUAGGUGAGAAAUGUCAUUUUCGGCUUGUGGUUGUGAAACAGCUUGGGUGGCUCCAUCUAUAGGCGACACUUGUUCAGGAAGUGAAUAUGUUGUUUUUAUGUCCUUAGUCGACUUCGUCAUCAGAUACGUUUGUCACAUUGCCGACCCUUGCGGACGAGUUGUCCCCAAACUUGAACCCGAUACCGAAUACGACUUCAUCGUAAUCGGAGCAGGAAGCGGAGGAUCAACUGCCGCAGGACGUUUGGCAGAAAUAUCCGGCUGGAAAACGCUCCUUCUAGAAGCGGGCAUUGACGAACCACCGGCAAGCCAAAUCCCUGCCGUUCCUGCCUUCUAUAACUCCAUCAUCGACUGGAACUACACCACUACCGAGUCUUCGGCUUGUUUGAGCAAUGACGGGAUUUGCACGUGGCCUAGAGGAAAGGUUCUGGGAGGAACCAGCGUGUUUAAUGGGAUGAUGUACAUGAGGGGAACACCGGCUGAUUAUGAUAAAUGGGUUGCAGCUGGUAAUACCGAAUGGAGCUACGACAAGCUACUUCCUGUUUUUAAAUUGUCAGAAAACAACACCCAAAUAGGUUCCUUAGUCUCCGAAGAGUACCACAGUACGGGCGGUCCGUUCACAAUCCAAAGAUUCAACGACGCACCCGAAUUAGCUUACGAUAUUUUGACAGCUGCAAAUCAAACCGGUUUUCCUGUCACAAACGAUCUAAAUGGACAAGACUAUGUCGGAUUUGCUAUCGCCCAAACUAACAACAGAAAUGGUGCACGUCUUAGCUUGUCGAAAGCAUUUGUAAGGCCACAUAAAAAUGACCCGAACUUCCACGUGAUGCUCAAUUCUACUGUUACCAAGAUUAUAAUUGGCGAAGUGAAUGGUACAAAGAGAGCAACUGCAGUUGAAUUUGUGUACAACAACCAUACCUACACUGUCAAUGUCUCCAAGGAAGUUAUUCUAGCUGCAGGAGCUAUAAACACUCCACAAAUCCUUCUGCUGUCCGGAAUCGGUGACAAAGAUGUACUUGACGAAGUUGGUAUUGAACAAGUUCAUAAUUUAACUGCUGUUGGUAAAGGAAUUAAAAAUCAUGUAUCUUUUUCCACCGUUGUCAAAAUCAAUCCAAUCAACUAUGUGGAUUUGAACAUUGAUACUCUGAAUCAGUAUUUACAGUCUGAGAAUGGACCACUUAGUUCUACAGGAAUGUCUCAGCUUACUGCCAGAAUUGCUAGCAACUAUACUACAGCAGAUGAUCCAGACAUUCAACUGUUCUUUAGCGGAUAUGAUAACACCUGUGCCUACUCUGGCGAGCCAGAAUCUCCAGUUGAUCCAACUGAACCCAACGAUACUCGUAGCAUCGGCGUUUCAUCUGUUAAUUUGCAUCCAAAAAGCAGUGGAAACAUCACUUUAGCAUCCAGCAAUCCAUUUGAUAAGCCUAAGAUCGUUGCCAAUUACUUCUCGCAUCCAGAUGACAUUAAAGUCAUCAUCAGCGGUAUCAGAUAUACCCAACAGUUGAUACAAGCUCCCAUUUUAAUAGAAAAAUACAAUGUUACUUUCCAAAAGUACAGUUAUGGAGAUUGCGCCACUCAAUAUGAGUUUGACACUGACGAAUUCUGGGAGUGCGCCAUCAAAUAUGACACCUACCCCGAAAACCACCAGGCUGCUUCUUGUAAAAUCGGCCUGGAAUCCGAUGUUAACAGUUGCGUCAACCAAAAGUUACAAUUACAUGGUAUUCCCAAUAUCAGGAUCACUGAUGCAUCGGCUAUAGUAGAAUUGACAUCUGGAAAUAUCCAGGCUGUAAUCGUGGCUAUCGCAGAGAGAGCUGUUCUUUAUAUUAAAGAACAAUAUCUUGGUGAAGAAGCAUUUUAAGUUAACUUUGGAAAGAAUAGUAUUGUAUUUUGUUGUGAUAUGUAUAUAAAUAUAAGAAUUAAAAAAUGUUAAAACAUU